CAGGGUAUUUAACUCAAUAAGAAGAUUUAAAUCACCCACUCUAACUGUUGUACUUAUCGUUGACUGAUUAUGGCCGUCGUCAAGGAAUUAAUGGUCUUGGCACUAUUCGUGUUGUCGGCAAACGCAUUCUCAUGGAAGAAUUGCGGUAGUAACAAUGUAGUGAAGUUCUUGGAUGUGCGUGUUUCGCCCAACCCAAUCCGCCUUACUAAGGGCUCUAGGAUAACAUUCUCCGGCCGCAUCGGAGUCUACGGUAACGCAGGUGUUCGGUAUAAGAUCAACGUCAAGCUGCAGAAGAAAGCAUGGUUUCGGAUCACUGUGCCCUGCAGUGGGAACUUCGGCUCAUGCACGUACAAUUUGGACUGCCAAAAGCUUGUUGGACUGCACCCUGACGGCAAUAAACAAUGCCCUCUUCAACAAGGAGAACACAGUUUGGCCAGUCAGACUCUGACAGUCAGUAGUAUCACUAGUAUAUUUGGUCAGGUUUUGGUCAGCUAG